UACAAAGAAAUUACAUGGAAGAACUUGUUUUUUGGUCUGAAGCCCAAUCCACGUUCAUCUCCACCCUUCAUGAUAAAAUCUAGAGUCCUAUAAAAGAACAUCUUCUGCCUGAUCCGAGAGAAAACAGCUGCUGUUUUUAUUGGGGAAUCGCUGGAUUUUACAAGACUACACAAGAACAAUGAGUGCAUCCAAACUCCAGGAAAGUGUUGAGGUGAGAAUUGCACACUCUCUGCAUAAAAAGGAGGAAGAGUUUGUGUUCGAAAGGAGAAACACUGUUUUUCAAAGCCUGCAGAAACUCGAGAUAAACUGCAGUAAGGAUGCGGUGCCAAACAUUGCAUUACUGGGUUCUGGAGGAGGACAAAGAGCCAUGGUGGGUUUGCUGGGAUCCCUGGUUCAGCUUGAUAAAGCGGGUCUUCUGGACUGCAUCCUUUAUCUGAGCGGAGUCUCUGGAUCCACCUGGUGCAUGGCCUCCUUAUACCAAGAACCAGACUGGUCCACUAAACUAGAGACCGUGAAGGACAAAAUCAUCAAGAGACUCAGCGGUCCAGGAGUCGGCUGGGGAGACACAUUGGCCAAACUGAAGAAAUAUUACUAUGGGAAAGACAUCUUCAGCUUGACUGACGUCUGGGCAGUGAUGGUCGUCACAGAAUUUGUGAAAGAGAUUGAUGAAUGCAAACUCUCAGAGCAGUGGGUCCAGCACAAUAAAGUACCAUUUCCCAUCUACACAAUGAUCGACAUGCAAUCCCAAGAAUGCGAGAAUGUGAAAGGCAUAGAAGACCCCUGGUUUGAGAUCAGUCCACUUGAAGCUGGUUAUUCUCUCACUGGAGCGUUUGUUGAAACAUCCAGCUUCGGCAGCCAGUUUGACAGAGGCUCAAAGACAAAACCUCAGGAUGAAAUGGACAUGCUGUACCUGCAAGCUCUGUGUGGCAGCGCUUUAGGUGAUAAAGACAAAACUAAGGAAUACCUCCUGCAAAAAAUAACGGAACGACCUCCUGAAGAGCUGGGAAACCAGGAAACAAGGAAAGUGCUCGAUGGAGACAAACAGCAGCUGAAUCUCAAAGAUAAGGAAGCUGCAAAACCCUGUAUGGAUGAACACACUGAAAAAGCGUGUGAUAUUAUGUGUUAUUUCCUCAAUGUAGUUACUUUUUUUGAUGUUUGGAACAUUAGCAAAAGCAUGUCUGAGUGGAUCUGGGGUAGAAAAUAUGACUUUCUCCACAACCUGAAUGAUGAAACCUUGCCUUCUACUCUUCUGGAAAGUAAGACGAGAGAUUAUAAAGACGCCGGACUGUUGCUGAACUCACCCUACUUCUCAGUGCUGAGAAAAGAAAGAAACAUUGAUCUCAUCAUUUCCCUGGAUUUCAGUGAUGGUGAUCCUUUCAUGACAGUGAGAGAAGCUGCUGAGAUGUGCAAGAAACGAAACAUCCCUUUCCCUGAAGUCAACAUUCCCAGUGAAGACCUGAAGAACCCAGAGGACUUUUAUGUGUUCAAAGGCACAAACACUCCAACCGUGAUUCACAUCCCUCUGUUUAAUGUGGUCAACUGUGGAGAUACAAUUGAGGUGUGGAGGAACAAUUAUACCACCUUACAAGGUCCUUACAAGGCUAAGAUGAUCACUGCUCUUAUGGAGGUUGCUGGAAAAAACAUCUCAAACAACAGAGAGAAACUGCUGGAGCAGAUAGGUGCAGCUGUUGGGCAGAAAGGACACAACUAAUGAGUUCAAUAAUAAGUCCUUACUGAUUGAUUUAAUGUGUGUGUGUGUGUGUGUGUGUGUGUGUGU